UUUUAAAAAUAAUUUUAAAACUAUUUGGGAAAAUACUUUUCAAGCAUAACUUUCUUUUUUUGGGAUUGUUGCCGUGCAAGGCCAAAAUGUGCUCCUAAAUAAAUAAAUCCGAAGACAGUCAAUAAGGUUGUUUAUAUAAAUUUCGGAAGAUGACAUACACCUUAUAAUCGCGAAGACCCCGGUACCCAUGCAGGCUUGCAAAUCCGGAAGGUUGUUCGUGCUCGAUCCGUUUGGGUCAACCCUUUUGAACAUACUAUUAUAUAGACUUUGAUUAAAAUAAAGUACCAGGAUCAUUGAAAUGAAUUUCUUUUUAAUCUCAUUUUAUCCAUUGAAUGAGACCACCAUCAGAGGGCAUGUUUGAUUGAAAACUUAGAAGGUUGCUGGAACCGUAUUUAUUAUUUAGCAAUGGCUAUUUUGAAAUUGUGGAAGAGGAAGGUUUGGCAUGAUGUGACUGCAGAAGGAUCAAUAAAUCGGAACCGUUCAGUAGAAAUAAUAGGCGUACCCAGUAGAAGUUUGGUUCACAACCUGCAAAACUGAAAUCACACAUUUUGAACUAUUAUUUGCUCUUUGGAGGAUGAUAACUCUAGAAUUGGAAAGGCUUAUCGUGGUUGCCCGUACGAUCCUGAAUUAAGUUAAUUAACACACUCCAUAGACUCCUUCAACGCCUUGUAAAAGGUGUUUCCCUCUUCAAAUACAAAGCGCCACAUGGUAAAAAAAUAGAAAAAGAGGAAAAAAGGAGGCAUCUCUGCCUUGAAUCCAAAAUCUAUGAAACAUGGAAGCAGCUGCAACAAUAAUCACAGCGGUGGUCAUCUUGUGCUGGCUCCAAUUCUCAUCGGUGGAAUGCCACUGGAGGUUACGGAAUCCACGACAACCCAACCAAACAGAGGCCAGCACACGACCACAGGGGACCCUACUUCAGAGCAACGACAAAUUACAGGACAGAUUCUACAGGAACACUUGCCCCCAAGCGGAGAACAUUAUCGCUAAAUCUGUUUACGAUGCCGUCCUCGUCCAGCCAGGGUUAGCUGCGGGCCUUAUUCGCCUUCAUUUUCAUGACUGCUUCGUCAACGGGUGUGAUGCCUCCAUCCUCUUGGACACAACCCCUUCUGGGGAGCCUGUAGAGAAGACAUCACGAGCCAAUGUGUUUGCCAGUCAAAUCUUUAAAUACAUUGACCGACUCAAGGCAGAUAUUGAGCGCGAAUGCCCCGGGGUUGUGUCUUGCGCCGACAUAUUAGCCUAUGCAACGCGCGAAGCUGUUAAGGAAGAGGGUCUCCCCUAUUACCUAGUCCCAGGUGGGCGCCGUGAUGGUCUGUCUUCUUCUGCUAGCAACGUAGCUGGUAACAUCCCUUCUCCAAACGAGUCCUUAAAAAAUAUGACACAAAUCUUCCUGACGAAAGGCUUGUCCAUAGAAGAUAUGGUUGUUCUAUUUGGUGCACACUCAAUUGGCCAUACGCGCUGCAGAAGCCUCUUCAAAAGACUAUACAAUUACAGCUCAACUCAAGCCCAAGACCCCAGCAUGGACUUCGCACACUCUCUCUAUCUCAAGGGCUUGUGCCCCAAGGCAGGGCCAUUGCUUCAAGAGGUGAUAGACAAGGUAAUGGUGCCACUUGAACCCAUCACACCAUCGAGGCUGGAUACCCUUUACUACACCCAGCUGUUGAAAGGGGAAGGGGUGCUCCAGUCAGAUCAGGCGUUGACUAAUAAUCCCACCACCAAUGAGAUUGUAAAGAGAUUCUCUCAAAAUCCAUUGGAGUGGGGCGCUAGAUUCACUAAUGCCAUGAUUAACCUUGGAAAGGUGGAUGUGCUUACAGGACAAGAAGGGGAGAUCAGGAGAAACUGUAGGGCCGUUAAUUAAUGGGUAUGGUUUUGGAAUUUGUCGGGGUUUGUGGUUAGGGUUUGAAUUUGAAAGGUAUGCAACAUAUCCAAUUCUGAGUAAGAUGACCGUCAUACCAUCCAAACAGGGGUAUGGACAGAGAUGUUCAUGA